AUGCCCGCGGCGCCAGUCACGCGCGCGCGCGUCGCUCGGCCGUGGACGCUGCCGCAGUACACAGAGCUGCCGAAGGACGAGCGCGACAUUGUGCUGGACCGGCUGCAGAAAGAAGUGGCCCUCGUGCCGACUACGCGCCGCUACAGCGUGCGGGGCGUGAACCACGUGGCCAGAGCCAUUGCGAAACGCGACGUGGCGGUCGUCGUGUUCGCCGCGGAUCCCGAGUCGCGCGCGUUCGGCCACGUGCCGCUGCUCUGUCGCCUGCACGACGUGCCCGUGUGCGUGCUGCACGCGUCGUCCCAGACGCUCGGCCGCCUGUUUGGGCUUUCGAGGCUCGCGGCUGUUGCGCUGCGGCGAGCGCCCGAGACGAGUGCAGCGACAGACCCACAGAUGGACGCAGCGGCGCGCGCGCGAGAGAUCGAGAGGCUCGAGAGCAUUACGGCGUUCCUGGUGGCUAAAGCCAGUACCCGCGUGAGUACUUGCAGCUGUCCACGUGGUCCCGUUCGCAGGAUCGCACUACUGCGCAAGGUGUUGGUGGUCAUUGGCACGACCGGUGCAGGCAAGACGAAGCUGUCGGUGGAUCUGGCCAAGGCCGUAGGUGGAGAAAUUGUCAACUCGGACGCAAUGCAAAUGUACCGCGGACUCGACGUGGCCACGGCCAAGAUCACAGAGCAAGAGAAGCAAGGGAUCCCGCACCACCUCUUUGACGUAGUCGACCCGAGCUCUCGCUGUGACGUGCUGGAGUUCAAACGCCUGGCCUUGCGAGCUAUCGACGAUGUGUUGGCCAGAGGCAGGGUCCCUAUUGUCGUUGGCGGUACCAUGUACUAUACGCAGUCGAUUCUCUGGAAAUCGCAGCUGCUGGACGACGUGCCACUCAAGGCGUCAGUCGCGCCGCAGCUGCAGAAGCAACGACAAUGGACACCGGAUGCUCUCUACGCUAGACUGCAAGCCGUGGACCCGGUCAUGGCGGCUCGACUGCAUGUCAACAACGUGCGCAAGGUGGAGCGCAGCUUGCAGGUGUUUGAGCAAACAGGCGUGCCGCAUAGCGAGCUGCUGGCACGGCAGGAACGGGAUGCGCGCAACGUCGAGAAGUAUUUCGACGCCUGUGCCUUCUGGGUGCACGCAUCGAAGCCGGUGCUGAGUGAACGUCUGGUCAAACGUGUGGACACGAUGCUGAGUUCUGGCCUGCUCGAGGAGAUCCGCGGUUUGCGCGCGCAGUUGAAGGAGCAUCCACCACGGCUGCACCCGGACAUUGACACUGAAGAAGCACAGAACUCUGUCGGUAUUUCGCAAGCUAUCGGGUACAAGGAGUUCCAGCCGUAUUUUGACGCGCUAGAGGCUGCUGCCGGCAAGCCGGACGAUCCACAGGCGCUUGAGACCAUCUUGGACUCGUGUAUCGAACAGCUCAACAUUGGCACGCGCCAGUAUGCUCGCCGACAGCUCUCGUGGAUUCGGAACAAGUUUGUGACGAAGAACAUACCUGUCUACCAACUGGAUAGCAGUGACGUCACGAAAUGGGCCACGCUCGUGGCGGACCCUGCGAUCGAGAUUGCUCGCAAGUUUGUGAAAGGCGAAGCGAUCUCGAGUCAUCAGACCGUGCAGCAGCAACAGCCUGAAGCUGCGAAGACAGUUUCGCUGGAAGACAAGUUCGAGAAGAACUCGUGCGCGGUCUGUCAUGGACGGGAGUUCACGGGCAAGAAGCAAUGGGCUGAGCACUUGCGCUCCAAGGGCCACAAAUUCCAUCUCAAGCGGAUAAAACUCCAAAAGGAGCAAGAAGAACGCGAAGUACUUCUCGGCAAGAAGCGUUGCGAAGAGGAAAAAGACGAGCUCGACUUGCAGCCACAAACCGAUACAGAGUCAUAG